GUAUUUCAGGAUUAAUUUCUAUUAAAUUGAGUUAUAAAAAAAAAUAUUACAUUAGUUAGAUAUAAUAAAGCAUGUUCCAUUGCAAAGGAUUAUAAAAAGGCUUUCAAGGUGUCACUGAAAGAGUGAAUUCUACAAUCAUGGCAACUCAGCAGGAUUGGAUGGUCACUGAUGCAUUGAGGCAGAGAGUCCGCCAACAACUGGAAGAAACAUUCUCACGGUACACGAACCCAUAUCCAAAAUCGGCAGAAGAAAUAGAAAAACAGGUGUUUGAGGCCGCUAAGAAUAGCAAGGAAAAAUAUGUCUCCAUGAUCCGGGACGUUUUAAAGCGAGUAACUCAAAGGGUUCAACAACAACAGCAACAACAACAACAACAACAACAACAGCAACAACAACAGCAGCAAGGACAAAUAGGAAAUGUAAACACUAUGCAGCCUUCAGGGAUGGGCCAGGGUGGGGUACAAAUGGGCCAGGCUACUGCGGCACAAUCAGGAAUGGCCCAGGGACCAGGUAUGGGCACGAUGGUUCAAGGUGGGAUGGCGCAAGGAACUGUACAUCAAGGGGGUAUGGGGGCCUCAGCUGCCAUGGCCCAGACUGGAGUCAAUCAAACUGGAAUGGGGGUUGGUGGAAUCGCGCCCCAAGGUGGAAUGCAGAAUCCGGGCAGAAUGCGACCCCCAAUGCAACCAGCACAAGGAAUGCCUACGCCUGCCAUGCAAAAUAUGCAACGCCAGUUUGGUGGGCAGAUGGUACGGGGUCCUCCUUCUGAUUCUCCAGGAAGCAUGAGCAUGCAAAGUCCGUUAUCUUCAGCUGGUCUCACAGGGUAUAGCCCUGAUAAUAGGAUGCCUCAUCCAUCGCCUGGGUCUCAGUUUUACUCACAGCGCCCUGCUAGGGUGGACAGGUCUGCACCACAGCAGCCACAAUUAAAGAUGCCUGACAGCACGUACAGCAAUACACCACAUGGGAGUGUAGGAAGCACCUAUAUUCCAAGUCUCUCACCUGCUCAUCCGAGCAAUUCACCCCAAAUAAGCGCAAUGUCACCAGCGUUGAGGACUCCAGGAAGUGUCUCUGUUGCACAUUCCCCAGCAAGUGCUGCUGUACCCAGCCCAUCCACCGGUCAAAGCCAAACGAAUUCCACACAAAGUGAGGAAGCGUUGUACAUGGAGAAAUUAAAACAACUGCAGAAAUAUGUCGACCCUCUGUCUAGAAUGAUAAACAAGGAAAAAAACAGUAAAGAUUUGAGUAAAAUGAAGAGUUUACGAGAUAUAUUGAUGGAUUCAACAAAACGGUUACCAAUGGCAACCUUACUCAAGUGCGAAAAAGUUCUUCAGAAUUGGUCGGAUGUCAAACCAGUGCCGACCCCGCCUCCGCCACGCCCAGACCAACAUAUGUGCCAGCCAUUAUUAGAUGCCGUAGCCACAGCGAUAGAAUCACCAAUGCUGAAUCAUACUUUGAAACGAACGUUCGGACCAGCUUUACAAGUAUUAAAUGGAGAUUACUAUGUACCUGAGAGUUCAUGUACGAAACGAGUGCGAAUCCGUGCUCCAAGCAGUGACAGUGACACCGACCCUGGAAUCAAAGUUCCUGAUAUUGUCCAAGGAGAGAUUGCCAGGCUGGGGUCAAAGUUCAAAGUCACGGUUGACCAGUCACAAAGCACUAAUUAUGGGACUCUUCAUUUAAUAUGCAGAUUGGACAAUUCUACUCUUCCUACCGUACCGCCAAUCAGAAUUCUAGUUCCCACAGCUUACCCUAAAGAGGGACCAGAAUGGAAGUCAUGGUCUCAAGAAGAUAACAGUGAUAAAGAAGACCUAGAACCAAGUUCAGAGGAAUCAAAAACUGAAGCAGAAGGGAUGAAAAAGCCUGAAUUUUUAUCCAAAUUAAAACCAAACAUGAAGAAGCAUAUAAACCAUGCUAUGAACCAUAAUGAAACUAUAUCCGGAAUCCUGACAGCUUGGGAAAGGAGUGUCAGAGAAACUAUGGUCUGCACCAGACAAAGUUGAUAAUGACUGAAACGUUUAUUUGCCCUCAAAGCAGAUAUACAUUACAGGUCCUUCUGCCUGGCCUGUUCAAAAGUGUAUAUUACCAUCACCAAAUCGGCACCCUCGCAUAAACAUGUGAACAAAUAAUAUUUACUAAGCAACAACAGUAAUGGCACAAUGAUUACAAGUGUCUGGUAAAGUAAUCAGACCAAAACAUUCACAACUACUAUAAGCCUAUUAAAGAUGGCUUUGUCUGGCGUAUUGAAAUCAAGCUUAUUUCAUUUGACCAAUAAACUUCAGUGGAUAAAAUAUAUUAAACGAGAUAGCAAUGCUCAAAUAACGGACAAGAAGGCUAAAAGUAAGGUAAAAUUUUUCAUCAUGGCAACGUUAAAAAAAAGUAACUGUUAAAAAGCAUCAGUCGUGAAAUGUUUAAUUGGCAUUUCGCUGUAAUUCACUACUGUUGAAAGGUGUCAGUCGUAGAAUGUUUUAGGUAGAAGUUCAUCUUAACUUCUGUUAAUUUUGUGUUACUUUUUCAACACCCUGUAUAUAUAUUACCAUCACCAGAGCAGCACCCUCACACAAACAUGUAAACAAAUAAUAUUUACUAAGCAUCAACAGUAAUGGCACAAUGAUUAAAAUUGUCUGGUGAAGUAAUCAACAAAACAUUCACAAUUACUAUAGGCAUAUUUAACAUGGCUUUGUCAGGCAUAUUGAAAUGAAGUUUAUUUCUUUUGACCAGUAAACUUUAAUGGAUAAAAUAUAUUAUACGAAAUAGCAGUGCUCAAAUAUAUGGACAAGAAGUCUAAAACGAAGUAGUAUCGAAUAUUUCACAGUACUGGUGGCAAAGGUACUGGUAGCUUGGCCACCAGUACACUGAGAUUCGGUCACACAAAACUAUGACAUGAAAAACGAAUCUAGCAAAGCCCACAAUAGCCUUGUAGCAACAACAAGCUUCAACCACUGAAAAUUUCAAAUCGAUUGGUUCUGUAGUUUUCACAACGACAAAAUAAAACGAUCUGUAGAUCCAUUACGUGGCCAAUUGAUUACAAGACCCUAAGAACUAGCAUUAUUUAGAAUGAAUAUCGAUUGUUACAGUACUCCAAGAAAAUUUGUAAAAGGUAAAUUGAUAGCCUAGGGGUGACUUCUUCCACAUGUGUUUGUGAGGAGGAAGAUUGUGACAAUCAAACCUGGAUUCCCUGCAUUGGUUUCUGAUGUUUUACAUUCCGUUGGGAGUAACACCUGCCUAAGAAAUCAUGAAUUUUCCCGAACAAUAUGUAAUGUGCCUGUAUCGUAUACUGCGCCUGAAUAAAAUAUAUUCAAUAAAUAUUGAAAAAAAUCGUGAA